GUUAGGUUGAGCAGUGACAUAGAUAAGACUGUAUGGGAAAGUUUAUCGCUCGUUACAAGUAGAAUGUAGAUAAAUUCGUAUUGUUAUUUACAGAUUAUUGAACCUUGAACGUGUUGAAUUCACUGGCGCCUGUUUGUUUUUUCAUUUUCAAAAAACCUGCAGGCUUUUCUCCAAAUGACUGACUCUCAGCCACAUGUACUUCUCAACACUGGGACUCGGAUGCCACUGUUGGGACUGGGCACUUUCCGUUUGCAGGGUCAAGAGGACACUUCUAAUGCUGUAGAUGCAGCUUUGACAGCUGGUUAUCGUGCUUUUGACACUGCGGCAGUGUACCAUAAUGAAGCACAAUUAGGUCAUGCGCUCCGUUGUCUGCUGCCCAAAUACGGCCUAUCUCGAGAAGAUGUUUUUAUUACUAGUAAACUGGGUCCCAAAGAUCAGGGGUCCAAAGCCAGAGUUGGUUGCCUGAGGAGCCUGGAGCAAUUGGGAUUGGGCUACAUUGACCUUUAUCUUAUUCAUUGGCCAGGUACUCAGGGGCUUCCAGCGGGGGAUAAACGAAACGCUGAAAACCGUGCUCAGAGCUGGACAGUCUUGGAGGAGUUCUAUUCAGAAGGAAAAUUUCGGGCCAUUGGGGUGUCUAAUUACACAGAAGAGCACAUGCAGGAGCUACUGAAGAGCUGUAAAGUGCCUCCAGCAGUUCUUCAGGUGGAGUUCCACCCAAAGCUGGUUCAAAAGGACCUGAGGGCACUUUGCAAGAAAAGAGAGGUGUGUUUUCAGGCAUACUCCUCUCUUGGAACAGGGCUUCUACUAUCAGACCAUGUGGUUCUGGAUUUAGCAAAAAAGUAUGGAAGGACAUCAGCCCAAGUGUUGCUGAGGUGGGCCAUACAACAGAACAUUCCAGUACUGCCAAAAUCACGUCAACCAGAACGUGUGGAGGAGAAUGGGCGUCUGUUUGACUUUGAGAUUAGCGAGGAGGAUGUGGAAAAGCUCUCUGCUCUUGACUGCGGGGAGAAGUUCUGCUGGGAUCCAACACAUGUGUCUUAAAGACAACUCAUUGACAAAAAAAUGUAGGCUUACCGAAAUUCCAAGGUUGUUCAGAUUUACAAAUUGACAUCCCACGGAAUAAACUAAAUGGCUCUUUAUUUCAUGGUUUAUUUCAUUCAGAUCUAAGAUGGCACCGUCGGCCUGCUUCCUACAUUUCACUGCUUGUUGUAUGUCAUAUAACUUGUACGUGACAAAUAAAAUCUUGAAUCUA